UUUUCAUGAAAAAUGGUUUACAAAAUUACUGCAACUGUUGGGACGUAGUCGCUGCACCAUUACCAUCAACACUACUGAUUUGACUCGCUACAAGAAGCGGGAGAGAGAAUCAAACACCGAGUGCAUCGCUGUUUCUUCUCCAUUCUUCUCUAAAACCCUAAACAUUUCAACAAAACCCCAAUUUCGUCAUCGUCAAAAGGAGUUUUGUGGAUGUGAAAGAUGGAGAAAGUAAACAGUGAAGAUGAUAUUGGUUCUCCACAACAAGAUGACACACAACCUGAAGACAAAACAGAGCAACCAAAUCAUCAUACACGUUCUAUAAUCAAUAGGCCUGGAUUUGGAAGUGGUGGAAGACACAUUCCAUUGCUUGUUAAUCACUUCAAAGUUUCUAUCAAGAAUCCAGAUGAGAUAUUCUACCACUAUAGUGUUUCGAUCACUUCUGAAGAUGAUAGAGCAAUUGAGAACAAAGUUUUAGGGAGAAAAAUUCUUGACAAGCUUUACCAAACAUACUCAUCUGAACUUUCUGGUAAAAAAUUCGCCUAUGAUGGAGAAAAGAGUCUUUACACUGUUGGCCCUCUCCCACAAAAUCAAUCAGAAUUCAUGGUUGUAUUAGAAAAUUCGUUUGCAAAACGUGGAACCCCUUCUGAUGAUGAAACUGGUAAAAGGUCAAAACUGUCUUUUCAAGAGAAGACUUUCAAAGUAGAGAUUAAGUAUGCUGCUAAAAUACCAUUAAAUUCGGUCAAUCUUGCCCUUCAAGGAGCAGAGCCAGAAAAACUUCAAGAUUCUUUAAGGGUUCUUGAUAUUAUCUUGAGACAACAAGCAGCUCAAAGGGGAUGCCUUUUGGUCAAACAGUCAUUCUUUCAUGAUGACUCAAGAAACAUCACUGAUAUUGGAGGGGGUGUCACUGGAUGCUGUGGGUUUCAUUCUAGUUUUCAUCCAACACAUGGUGGUUUGUCACUAAAUAUGGAUGUAUCAACUACAUUGAUUCUUACUCCUGGACCUGUGAUUGAUUUUCUAAAAUCCAACCAAAAUGCACGCGAUUUUCGCUCUAUUGACUGGGUUAAGGCCAAGAAAAUGCUUAAAAACUUGAGAAUAAAAACAAGUCACAACAAUAUGGAAUUCAAGAUCACUGGGAUGAGUGAAAAACCUUGUAAUCAAUUACUGUUUCCUUUGAGAGUGAAAAAAGAUGAUGGGACAUAUGAUGAUGACAAGACAAUAAAUAUUACAGUGUUGGAUUAUUUUACCAAACACCGUAAAAUUGAAAUUACUUACUCUGCAUAUAUACCUUGCAUUGAUGUUGGGAAACCAAAGAAGCCUAACUAUUUGCCUUUGGAGCUUUGUUCUCUUGUUUCACUUCAACGGUAUACAAAGGCAUUAUCUACACUACAAAGAGCAUCUUUAGUUGAAAAAUCAAGACAAAAGCCUCCUGAAAAAAUGCGAGUUAUAACCGAUGCUAUGAAAAAGUAUAAUUACGAUGACGACCCUUUACUCGCUUCGUGUGGAAUCACUAUUGAGAAACAACUUGCUCAAGUUGAGGGUCGUGUUCUUGAUGCACCAAAGUUGAAGGUUGGUAAUGGAGAAGACAUUUCUCCUCGUAAUGGGCGAUGGAACUUUAACAACAAGAAGCUUUUUACUCCCAUUAACAUUGAGAAAUGGGUAGUUGUUAAUUUUUCUGCCAGGUGUGAUGCAAGUUAUCUUUCGCGAGAGCUCAUAAAUUGUGGAAGAAAUAAAGGAAUCAUUAUUGAUCGCCCAUUUUCACUAAUGGAAGAAGACCCACAAAAUCGAAAAUUUGGCCCUGUAAUACGUGUGGAAAAAAUGUUUGACCAAAUUUUAGCAAAACUCCCUGGUGCCCCUCAAUUUCUCCUUUGCAUAUUGCCAGAAAGAAAAAAUUCUGACUUAUAUGGUCCUUGGAAGAAAAAAUGUUUAAGUGAUUAUGGAGUAGUCACACAGUGCAUGUGUCCAGUCAAAAUCACUGACCAAUAUCUCACAAAUGUGCUUUUGAAAAUUAAUUCCAAGCUUGGUGGGAUCAAUUCUUUAUUAGCAAUUGAAGGUUGCAUUCCCCUCAUAAAUGACACUCCAACAAUGAUAAUGGGGAUGGAUGUUUCUCACGGGUCGCCGGGUCGAUCCGAUAUCCCUUCAAUUGCUGCGGUUGUUGGAUCAAGGUCAUGGCCAUUGAUAUCAAGAUAUAAAGCAUCUGUUAGGGCUCAAUCAUCAAAGAUGGAAAUGAUUGAAGGUUUGUUUAAACCACAAGCAGAUGGUACAGAUGAUGGCAUAAUGAGUGAACUACUUUUGGAAUUUUAUCAAACAAGCAAUCAAAGGAAACCAACUCAAAUUAUAGUAUUCAGGGAUGGUGUGAGCGAAUCACAGUUCAGUCAAGUUCUAAAUUUUGAGUUGGAUCAAAUGAUCAAGGCUUACCAGUAUCUUGGUGAAGUCGAUGUUCCUAAAUUCACAGUAAUUAUAGCUCAAAAGAAUCACCACACAAAGCUCUUCCAAGCUAAUGCCCCUGAAAAUGUCCCUUCUGGUACCGUGGUAGACAGUAAAAUUGUGCAUCCAAGAAACUAUGAUUUUUACAUGUGUGCUCAAUCAGGAAUGAUUGGCACUUCGCGACCUGCUCACUAUCAUGUCUUGCUUGAUGAAAUCGGUUUCUCUCCUGAUCACCUCCAAAAUCUAAUCCUUUCCUUAUCAUAUGUGUAUCAAAGAAGUAGCUCUGCAACUUCAAUCGUGGCUCCGGUUUCUUACGCUCAUCUUGCUGCCCAACAAGUCGGGCAGUUUAUAAAGUUCGAUGAUAUGGCGGAAAGUAUUAGUUCAGUAGGAAGUAUACCAGUGCCCGAGCUGCCCAAGUUGCAUGAGGAUGUUCAAGGGUCCAUGUUCUUUUGUUAACGUGUUACAUUUUUAUUGGUAAUUGUAAAUUUAUAAGGUGCAUAGUGUUAAUUAAUGUAGGCUCUUUUUGGGUUAUUAUUAUUUUUUUGGUGAAUUAGAGGCCACGUCACUAUUUUGUGGUUUUAUUGUAGGGUAUAGUCAAUUAGUCAUGUGGGUACUUUGAAGAUAGUCCCAUAACUUGAGCCUUAAUGUAGUAUGGAGUAUGGACCUUUUGGUAUUGAUUAAAGUGCCCUUGUGCCUUUGCUUGUU